ACAAUUAUCCGUCCACCUCUUUCUGUACUUCAGCUCUUCACCAUUUUCAGCAGCAAAAUUCAAACACUGAUAAAGCUCGACUUCAAAAGCCCUCAUCUUUCAUGGCUUAAACCAACCCCACCAAUCCAUUCAAUGGCUUCCUCUUUCUGCACCCGAUGCUAUUCCUGGUCUCUCACACCCACCAUAAUCCCAACACCUCCACCUCAUCGACCCUUCACUUCCCUCUCCUUCCCUCGCCAUGAACGCCUCGUCGUUCAUUCUUCACUUUCCUAUUCUACCCCAAUUUCUACUACCCAUCAUCCCCUCCCUCAGGACUUCACCCCCCAGCAGCUCCUCGACUCCCUCCGCCGCCAAAACGACGAGUCGUCCGCGCUCCGCCUCUUCGACUGGGCCUCCAAGCAGCCCAGUUUCGCGCCCAACCCCACCAUCUACGAGGAGGUGCUCGCCAAGCUCGGAAAGGUCGGGUCUUUCGAGUCGAUGAGGGACAUCUUGGAUGAAAUGAAGCACAACGGGUGCCUCAGUAAAGGUAGUUUCUUGAUUUUCAUCGAGAGUUACGCUAUGUUUGAUUUGUAUGAUGAGAUUCUGGGUGUUGUGGAUGUGAUGGAGAGUGAAUUCGGGUUGAAACCCGAUACCCAUUUCUUUAAUUUCUUGCUCAAUGUGUUGGUUGAUGGGAACAAGCUUAAACUAGUCGAAACUGCGAAUUCGAGCAUGAAUAGCAAGGGGAUUAAGCCUGAUGUGUCUACAUUUAACAUUUUGAUUAAGGCUUUGUGUAGAGCUCAUCAGAUUAGGCCUGCCCUUUUGUUGAUGGAGGAGAUGGGGAACUAUGGUUUGAAGCCUGAUGAGAAGACUUUUACCACCAUAAUGCAGGGUUAUAUUGAGGAGGGUGAGAUGAAAGGUGCAUUGAGAAUUAGGGAGCAGAUGGUAGAUUAUGGUUGCCAUUGUAGUAAUGUGACUGUUAAUGUUUUGGUUAAUGGGUUUUGCAAGGAGGGUAGGGUUGAUGAAGCGUUUAGUUUUAUUGAGAAGAUGGCAAAGGAGGGGUUUUCUCCUGAUCAGUAUACGUUUAAUACGUUGGUGAAGGGUUUGUGCAGGGUGGGGCAUGUUAAGCAUGCUUUGGAGGUUAUGGACGUGAUGUUGCAAGAGGGGUUUGAUCUGGAUAUCUAUACGUAUAACUCUUUGGUUUCAGGGUUGUGUAAGUUGGGUGAAAUUGAAGAGGCAGUGGACAUUCUUGAUCAGAUGGUUUCGAGGGACUGUUCCCCAAAUACUGUCACCUAUAAUACUCUGAUUAGCACAUUGUGCAAGGAGAACCGGGUUGAGGAGGCUACUAAGCUUGCGCGUGUACUUACUAGCAAGGGAAUCAUACCUGAUGUUUGUACUGUCAAUUCACUGAUUCAAGGUCUCUGCUUGAACAGUAAUCAUAAAGUUGCUAUGGAACUGUUUGAGGAGAUGAAGAUGAAAGGGUGUCAGCCUGAUGGGUUUACUUACAGUUUGCUUAUUGAUAGCUACUGUUCUAGAGGGAAGCUGGAAGAGGCUUUGAGCUUGCUGAAAGAUAUGGAGUCGAGCAGCUGUCCGCGAAAUGCAGUAAUAUACAAUACUCUGAUUGAUGGGUUCUGCAAAAACAAGAGGAUUGAAGAUGCAGAGGAAAUUUUUGAUCAGAUGGAACUGCAGGGUAUUUCAAGAAAUUCAGUGACCUAUAACACCCUUAUUGAUGGCCUUUGCCAGAGUAGGAGGGUGGAGGAUGCUUCUCAACUCAUGGAUCAGAUGAUAAUGGAAGGCUUGAAGCCUGACAAGUUCACCUACAAUUCGCUUCUCACGUAUUUCUGUAGGUCGGGGGAUAUUAAGAAGGCAGCCGAUAUUGUUCAAAACAUGACUUCAAAUGGGUGUGAACCAGACAUUGUCACUUAUGGGACCCUAAUUCAGGGGUUAUGUAAGGCAGGUAGAACUGAGGUUGCGAGUAGACUCCUAAGAAGUUUGCAGAUGAAAGGGUUGGUUCCGACUCCACAUGCUUAUAACCCUGUGAUACAAGCACUAUUUAAACGAAAGAGAACAACCGAAGCGAUGAGGCUUGUUCGAGAAAUGAUGGAAAAAGCUGAUCCUCCAGAUGCUAUAACAUUUAAGAUUGUCUUUCGUGGGCUUUGUAAUGGUGGAGGACCAAUUGGAGAAGCAGUUGAUUUUGCGAUUGAGAUGAUGGAGAAAGGGCACUUACCAGAAUUUUCAUCAUUUUCUAUGCUGGCUGAAGGACUAUACGCUUUAUCCAUGGAGGAUACCCUGAUUAAGCUUGUAGAUAUCAUCAUGGAGAAAGCAAGAGUUUCAGACAGUGAAGCUUCAAUGAUAAGGGGUUUCCUCAAAAUCCGAAAAUUUAAAGAUGCACUGGCCACUCUAGGUGGUAUUUUGAAUAGCCAAAGGCCUAGAAAAUCUUAUCGGACCAGAAAUUAAUUUCAAUCAGUUUCGGUUAUCAUCAUAAACCUUGGUAUCAAUAUAUUAUAGUGCUGUUGGAUAUCUUUGGUUGGCUCUGGGGAAACCAUCCCUUCUAACUUCCCAAUCUGUGCAAAAGAAAAAGUCAGGUACUUUUGUGACCAUAAGCACCGUCUUUGGAUACUUUCAUA